CUUAAAAAAAAAAAAAAAAAAAAGGAAAAAAAAUAAGGCAGGGAAAAAAAAAAUGUACAGUCAGGGCUUCCCAAAUGCGCGCCCCCGACCUGAUGCCAAGCGCGCCCCCUUCAUUUGUUCCCCUUCUUGAAGCUGAUUUUCAUGACGUGGAAAAGCCUGAUCCAGGGCAACAACAGCACCGCACACACACACGCAGUCACACACACACACGCACACGCACACGCACCCGCACCCGCGGAGGCGGCGAGCAGCGUGCGGUCCUCCGCCGCGCCCCAGCCCGCCCGCUCCGCGCUGCUGGGGCCCGGGGAAGGCGGCGGCGGAGCCUGCAGCAGCCCCUCUCCUCCCUCCUCCAUUGAGUGUGCCAAACAGCAGCUCUGCAUCCUAAAGAAGAUCAUUGAGGGGCUCAUUGCAUUCCCGGCACGUUUCAGGCUUGCUUUUUUUUUUUUUUUUUUUUUUUUCCUUUUGCCUCAGCUUCAGCGGGAGUAGAGAGAGGGAGAGAGAGACAGAGAGGGAGAGACAGAGAGAAACCAGCAAUCUUUAAACUCGAGCUUCUUUUUUUUUUUUUCCCCCUUCCACUCUUUUUUUGUUUGUAACGAUGUGCUAAAAUCUCUCCUGCAAACCGUUUUGUAAACAUCAACAAAUGAUGAAACUUUUCACAGCAGAGACACUUCAUAAAGGAAGGAUGUUGUGGAUAGUUCUUCUAAGCACAACUGCUCUAGCAUGGACUACACCAAUUCCCUUGAUAGAGGACUCGGAGGAACUCGAUGAGCCCUGCUUUGAUCCAUGUUACUGUGAAGUGAAGGAGAGCCUUUUCCAUAUACAUUGCGACAACAAAGGAUUUAUAAAUAUUAGUCAGAUAACACAGUCAUGGUCAAGACCUUUUAAACUUUAUUUGCAGAGGAAUUCCAUGAGAAAAUUGUACACCAAUAGUUUUCUUCACUUGAACAAUGCUGUGUCUAUUAACCUUGGGAACAAUGCACUGCAGGACAUUCAGACAGGGGCUUUUAAUGGGCUCCGAGUUCUGAAGAGGUUGUAUUUGCACGAAAACAAAUUGGACAUUUUCAGAAAUGACACUUUCCUGGGUUUGGAAAGUCUGGAAUAUCUGCAGGCAGAUUAUAAUGUCAUUAAACGGAUUGAAAGUGGGGCAUUUCGAAACCUAAGUAAAUUGAGGGUCCUCAUCCUAAAUGACAAUCUUAUCCCCAUGCUUCCCACCAACUUAUUUAAGUCUGUGUCCUUAACCCACUUGGACUUACGUGGGAACCGGCUAAAAGUCCUUUCAUACCGUGGGAUGUUGGACCAUAUUGGCAGGAGCCUGAUGGAGAUCCAGCUGGAGGAGAACCCAUGGAACUGUACGUGCGAGAUUGUGCAGCUUAAGAGCUGGCUGGAGCGCAUCCCCUAUACCGCCCUGGUGGGGGACAUCACCUGUGAGACUCCCUUCCACUUCCAUGGAAAGGACCUUCGGGAAAUCAAAAGAAGUAAGCUCUGUCCCAUGCUGUCUGACUCUGAGGUGGAAGCCAGCCUAGGCAUCCCUCAGCUGUCGUCCAGCAAGGAGAAUGCAUGGCCUACGAAGCCUUCCUCCAUGCUGUCUUCCUUCCAUUUCACUGCUUCCUCUGUCGAGUACAAAACAUCCAACAAGCAGCCCAAACCCACCAAGCAGCCCAGGGCGCCCCGGCCUCCCCCAACAUCACGCAGCCUAUACCCUGGGCCAAACCAGCCACCAGUGGCUGCUUACCAGACGCGGCCCCCCAUCCCCAUCAUCUGCCCGACCGGCUGCUCUUGCAGUUUGCACAUAAAUGACCUGGGCCUGACAGUCAACUGCAAGGAGCGAGGGUUCCACAACAUCUCCGAACUCCUGCCCAGGCCCUUGAACGCCAAGAAGCUGUACCUGAGUGGGAAUUUGAUUCAGAAAAUCUACCGCUCUGAUUUCUGGAAUUUUUCCUCCCUGGAUCUCUUGCACCUGGGGAACAACCGGAUCUCCUACGUGCAGGAUGGGGCUUUUAUCAACCUGCCGAAUCUCAAGAGCCUGUACCUGAAUGGCAAUGACAUCGAGCGGCUCACCCCAGGCAUGUUCCGGGGCCUGCAGAGUUUGCAUUACCUGUACUUCGAGUACAACGUGAUCAGGGAAAUCCAGCCGGCGGCCUUCAGCCUCAUGCCCAACCUGAAGCUUCUCUUCCUCAACGACAACCUGCUCCGCACCCUGCCCACUGACGCCUUCGCCGGCACUUCCCUGACCCGCCUCAACCUGCGCAACAACCACUUUUUGGCACUGCCGGUGGCUGGGGUGCUGGAGCACCUCCACGCCAUCGUCCAGAUCGACCUGAAGCUCAACCCCUGGGACUGCACCUGCGAGCUGGUGCCGCUGAAGCAGUGGCUGGAGGCGCUCAGCUCCGUCAGCGUGGUGGGCGAGGUGCUGUGCGCCAGCCCCGAGGCCCUGGCCCGCCGCGACCUGCGCUCCCUGGAACUGGCCGCGCUCUGCCCGGCCGCCCUCCGCCCCGCCGCCGCCUCGCCCCCCGCCGCGCCGCCGCCACCCGCCGCCACCGGUGCCGCCGCCUAUGAGCUGCCGCCGGCCGCCGCAGCUGUCCCUCUCUCCGUCCUCAUCCUCAGCCUCCUCGUUCUCUUUUUCUCCGCCGUGCUGGUGGCCGCCGGGCUCUUCGCCUUCGUGCUGCGCCGCCGCCGGCGGAAGCUCCCGUUCCGCGGCCCGCGGGGGGAGGCGAACGACCUGGGAGGUGUGCCGCUGCGCUGCCCGCGGCUUUUCGAGGAGGGCGGCGGUGGCGGCGGCGGUGGCGGCAGCUCGGGGGUUAGGGAGUGUUCCCCGGAGAAGGCGCCCCCGGCGGGCCACGUCUACGACUACAUCCCGCACCCGGUGACCCAGAUGUGCAACAACCCCAUCUACAAGCCGCGGGAGGAGGAGGAGGUGGCGGGCGGCGGUGGAGGGGAGGCGGCGGAGCUGCUGCGGGGCGGCGGGGAGCGGUUCACCGCCGUCGCGCAGGACCCGGGCACCAACUACCGCACCUUGCUAGAGAAGGAGCAGGAGUGGAGCCUGGCCGUCUCCAGCUCGCAGCUCAACACCAUCGUUGCCGUCCACCCCCAGCACCCCGCGGGCGGCGGGCUGGCGGCGGGCGGCGGCGGGCUCGGAGCGGCGGCGGGAGGAGGCGCCCCGCGGGACCGCGACCGCCCGCCGCCCCUCGCCGUGGGCUUCGUGGACUGCCUAUACGGCACCGUGCCCAAACUAAAGGAACUGCACGUCCACCCACCUGGCAUGCAAUACCCGGACCUCCAGCAGGACGCCAGGCUCAAAGAAACCCUCCUCUUCGCGGCCGGCAAGGGCUUCCCAGACCACCAAACUCCCACAAGCGAAUACCUCGAGUUAAGGGCCAAACUCCAAACCAAGCCGGAUUACCUCGAAGUCCUGGAGAAGACCACGUACCGGUUCUGACCGCCGCCCCGCCGCCCGCCCCGGCACCGCCGCAAGAGAGUCGAGGAUACAGCUGUGUGCUCUUUCCCGCCAGAUGUGCGCUCCGUGGGGAAGGGCCGGUCUCAGAUCAUUAAUCGAUGAAGUGCCUUCGCAGACUUUUGCCAGCAGAUGUUAAUCAAUCAUUAUUUUUUAUAUUGAAACUGAGACUUUGACUGUGCCAUGUCUAAGGUAUAUCAUUAUUAUUAUUAAUAUUAUUAUUAUCGGGGAUCUUUGUAUUGAUCCUCAUUAAGUAAAUUCUAUGUGUGU